AUGAUGUCCUCAUGGAAAUUCACAAAGAAACUGAAAGAUUUUUCAAGAUCUAAAUCUCCAGCUGCUUCUCCUUCUCCUUCUCCUUCAACUUCCAAUCAAAAAGAAUCUUCAAAUUCAUUGGAUUUACCUUCAGCGGAAACAAAACAUUCAAAUGAAUUAGAUAGAAGAAGUACUGUCACUCCUGAUACAAUAAAUCAACAUUUAAAAGUGGAUUCAAAUAAUAAUGGUGCUAAUGGUGGUACCACUGAUGCUUUAAAAUCUUCAAAUUCAAGUUCUCAUACCGUUACUUCAAAUAAUAAAUCUUCAAAUUCUUUAAAUCAACAAGUACAACAACAAGAAAUACCUGAAAAUAAUAAUUUCUUUAAACCUGGUUUAUUAACUUUGAAAAUAUAUAAUGGGAAUAAUUUUAAAAUCCCAUUUGAUAUAAAUAAUGAUAAAUCUAUAUUAUCAAAAUUAAAUCAAAAUAAUGAUCAAAAACAAAAUACUGAUUUAUUAAUUUCAAAAUUAAAUCAAUUAAAUUUAAAUGAUGAAAAAAUUCCAAGUGAAUUUUCAAAUGAAUUAAUACCUGCUUCUAUUAAAAUCCCACCUUCAAAUAAUAAAACUCCAUUAAUUUAUUUUACAUUAGAAUUUGAUAAAACAAUUAUAUCAAUUGAACCUGAAUUUGGUUCUAUCAAAAAACCUUAUUUUAAUAAAGUUUCAAAUUUUGAUGUAACAAAAAUUUCAAAUGAAUUAAAAUUUCAAAUUUUUCUUAAAAUUCCAAAAAUUUUAAGUGGUUUAGAUACUGAAGAUAUCUUAAUAAGUUCUACAAUUUUACCAUUAAAUUUUACCAAGACAUAUAAUACUCCAAUUAGAAUUAAAAAUCAUGAAGUUUUAAAAUUUAAUAAUGAUUACCCAGAAUGGUCUGAACAAUUUAAUGGUGAUUUAAUUAUAUCAAUAGAUUUUAAACCAAAUGAAAAUAAACAUUUAACAAUUGAUGAUUUUGAUUUAUUAAAAGUUAUUGGUAAAGGCUCAUUUGGUAAAGUUAUGCAAGUUCGUAAAAAAGAUUCCCAAAAAAUUUAUGCAUUAAAAGCUAUAAGAAAAUCUCACAUUGUUUCAAAAUCUGAAGUUACUCAUACUUUAGCUGAAAGAACUGUUUUAGCUCAAAUUGAUAAUCCAUUUAUUGUUCCAUUAAAAUUUUCAUUCCAAUCACCUGAAAAAUUAUAUUUUGUAUUAAAUUUUAUUAAUGGUGGUGAAUUAUUUUAUCAUUUACAAAAAGAAGGUAGAUUUGAAUUAUCAAGAGCAAGAUUUUAUACAUGUGAAUUAUUAAUUGCAUUAGAAUGUCUGCAUUCUUUUAAUAUAAUUUAUAGAGAUUUAAAACCUGAAAAUAUCUUGUUAGAUUAUAAAGGUCAUAUCGCUCUUUGUGAUUUUGGUCUUUGUAAAUUAAAUAUGAAAAAUGAUGAUAAAACUUCAACUUUUUGUGGUACUCCAGAAUAUUUAGCUCCAGAAUUAUUAUUAGGUCAAGGUUAUACUAAAAAUGUUGAUUGGUGGACUUUAGGUGUAUUAUUAUAUGAAAUGUUGACAGGUCUGCCACCAUAUUAUGAUGAAGAUGUACCAACAAUGUACAGAAAAAUCAUGACAAAUCCAUUAAAAUUCCCAGAAAAUUUUGAUAAAGAUUGUAAAGAUUUAUUAAUUCAUCUUUUAAAUAGAGAUCCAACAAAAAGAUUAGGUUGUAAUGGUUCAGAAGAAAUUAAAAAACAUAAAUUUUUCUCUAAAAUUGAUUGGAAAAAAUUAUAUGAUAAAAAUUAUUUACCACCUUUUAAACCUCCAGUUAUUGAUUCAUUUGAUACAUCAAAUUUUGAUCAAGAAUUUACAAAAGAAAAACCUGUUGAUUCUGUAUUAAAUGAUUAUUUAAGUGAUUCUGUUCAAAAACAAUUUGGUGGUUGGACUUAUGUUGGUACUGAACAAUUAGGUCAAAGUAGAUAA